AUGCCACCGAAAUUUCGUGUCGAUCUUUACUACGACAUCAUCUCCCCAUAUGCUUGGAUCAAUUUUGAGGCCUGGCUGCGCUACGCAAAGAAAUGGCCUGUCGACCUGAACUUAAGGCCCUUCUAUUUGCCGGGGAUUUUUCAAAAGACAGGCAAUAUUCCACCAAUCUCGAUCCCCCACAAAAACGAGUACCUGGAGAAGGACCUCGAGCGUCUGAAUGAAUACUGGGGCACUGGGCUGGUCUGGCAUGAGAAAUUCCGCACCGAAACUCUGAAGAAAUCUUCGAUUUAUGCUCAACGCUUUUUGGGAGCCGUGCAGCUGUAUGAACAGGAUAAGCUAAUCCCGGCGAGUCGAGCUUUCUGGCGUCGUGGUUGGGUUGACAAGCAAUCGGUGUAUACGGAUCAGGAUGUCCUUGAGGUCGCUAAGAGCAUCGGCCUGAAGUGCGAAAAGCGGAUCCUCGGCUCGCUGAAAACUGAAGAAGUCAAGAACCACAUCAUCGACAACACCAAUCAUGCGCUGGCUGAUAAGGCGUUCGGUACCCCGUGGCAAGUUGUCACAUUCCCGGACGGGCGCAAGGAGUGCUUCUUCGGGUGUGAUCGCAUGCACUUGGUCGCUCAGGUGAUGGAGACGGCGGAGCAGCGAGAGUUGCGUCGGGUCGCCUUCUUCGCGGUGGUCGUCUCGACGGCCGCCGCCAUCGCAGCCAUCAUCACGCUGCCGAUGUUGUACACCUACAUCGCCAACUUCCAGUCGCACCUCAUCAUCGAGACCGACUUCUGCAAGACCCGCUCUCGCGAUAUGUGGGCCGAGAUGCGCCAAAUCGACACGCCGGUCAGGCAGAAGAGGCAAUAUGGCGGUGGCUCCGCACCCGGUUACGGAGCUGCCCCCGUCGUCAACUCGGAGCCUGCGCCAACCUGCUGCGGAUGUCAGCAGGGACCUGCCGGCCCUCCUGGUCCUCCUGGAGAU